AUGUUGAGCCAUCAGUGUUCUCACUAUGGAAGAGGGAGCAGGAAGCCGUCAUCCAGGGACAAGGACAAAGGAGAGAGACAUGACUAUUAUGGAUCUUCUGGGGAGCCUCAACAACAUCCUGAUGCUGACGAGGCAGAGAAGAGUCUCUCCAGAUCAGAACACCAGAUGGACAACGAUAGCCUGCCCCCCUCCUCCCUCCCGGAGUCACCGUGUCGUGCCUCUCCCAGUAGCACCUUACUGCUGGGUAUGAAGAGGUUGUCUGUGCUGCUGGUGGACUGCAGGAAAACAACGGGGCUGAGUGGAACUGUGAGAGGAGGAGAAGAGAUGAACGGAUCAGAUUUGACUCAUCAAAGAGGAAAACCAAACUUGGAGGAACCAGAGACGUCCAAACCAGCAAGACUCUGCUCCCAGAUUGGAAAGAGUUUUGCCAAGUUAGGAAGCCUGAAAAGACAUGAGAAGAGUCUCACAGGGGAAAAGCCUUACCACUGCUCCCAGUGUGGAAAGUGUUUUAACAGGUUAGGAGGCCUGAAAGCUCAUGGCCGAAUACACACAGGGGAGAAGCCUUACCACUGCUCCCAUUGUGGAAAAGGUUUUAGACAGCAAGGAAGCCUGAAAGUUCAUGGCCGAAUACACACAGGGGAGAAGCCUUACCACUGCUCCCAUUGUGGAAAGAGUUUUAACAGGUUAGGAGGCCUAAUAACUCAUGAGCGAAUACACACAGGGGAGAAGCCAUACCGUUGCGCCCAGUGUGGAAAGAGUUUUGGCUCGUUAGGAAACCUGCAAUCUCAUGCACGAUUACACACAGGGGAGAAGCCAUACCAUUGCACCCAUUGUGGAAAGAGUUUUCGCAUGUUAGUAAACCUGCAGUCUCAUCUGCGAAUACACACUGGGGAGAAGCCAUACCGUUGCGCCCAGGUUGGAAAGAGUUUUAGACAGCAAGGAAGCCUGAAAGCUCAUGGCCGAAUACACACAGGGGAGAAGCCUUACCACUGCUCCCAUUGUGGAAAAGGUUUUAGACAGCAAGGAAGCCUGAAAGUUCAUGGCCGAAUACACACAGGGGAGAAGCCUUACCACUGCUCCCAUUGUGGAAAGAGUUUUAACAGGUUAGGAGGCCUAAUAACUCAUGAGCGAAUACACACAGGGGAGAAGCCAUACCGUUGCGCCCAGUGUGGAAAGAGUUUUCGCAUGUUAGGAAACCUGCAGUCUCAUCUGCGAAUACACACUGGGGAGAAGCCAUACCGUUGCGCCCAGUGUGGAAAGAGUUUUAGCAUGUUAGGAAACAUGAAAAGACAUGUGGACACACACCGAAGUCUUUCCAUUGCUCCCUGUGUGGAAUGAGUUUUAACCAUUUAGGGAGCCUGAAAAGACAUGAGAGAAUACACCCAUGGGAGAAGCCUUGCAAAUGUCACUUAUAAGGCAGGUGAGGAUCCACACAGAGAAAAUAACUUAUCCUACUGUGUAAACUGAUAUUUCACAUCACAUUGACUUAAAAUUCAUCAGAGAACAUACACAGUGCUCCCAUUGUCUUAUUUUAUUGACUGUGUUUAAUUGUUUAUACCAAAUGAAAUUGAAUUGUACAAAGCAUACUCUAAAAUAUAUUUGUAUGUUUUCAUUAGAAAACAUGAAGUGAAUAUGGAGUCUGUCAGUUUGAAUACAGAGUAGAUCAGAUUCCAUGUGUUUAAAUGGUCCUUUUUUAAAGUCUGACAUUGUGUGUUUAUCUGAGUGUGUCAUUCCUCCAGCACCAUUGAUAAUCAGAAUAAGACCUUCAAAUAUGUCACCAUAACAACAGGCAUUUUACAAGCCUCCGACUGGUUGAAUAAACGUUGUUACCCGAA